GAGUGCUUGUUGUGGUGAAACAUAUGGAUCGACUGAUUUUAAUAUGCUUUAGAAAUUGCGGGAUGCAAUCCUGAGGAUGACUUAUUACUGGUACAACUUCAUGCCUCUGUCAAGAGGAUCUGCAGUUGUUGGAUUUGUGGUUCUGCUUGGAUUGUUCCAUGCUGCCAACGUAGAGGUCACAGAGAGCAUCCCACAAGGUUUGCAGGUGGAUUGGGAAGCCAAUAUUCUGACCUCUGACCCCAACUCGUAUGUGGAUUCCAUAAAGCGUUGGCUGUACCCAUCUCUUAAAAUCAAGACCUCCUGGAAAGAGUAUCCAGAUGUACAGUCAGCAUUUACAACAACAGGAUCAGUCAUUGCUGCUCUAAGCUCUUAUGAUGACUCAGUUGUUUACAUUCAUGAAUGUGUAAGUAAGCCACCGUAG